AUGGAGCUGUGCGGCGUGUCCCCCUGCGACCUGGAGGGGUGGGUCGCUGCGCACCUCCAGCCCAGCGAGGAGUUCCUGGAGAACGUCCAAGCUGCGGUGCAACGCAUCUGCCAUUACUUGCAUCGUAACUUCUCCAUAGAUGCCAAAGUAAUCAAGCUGCUAAAGGGAAGUUCUGCAGGGCAAGGGAGAUCACUGCAGGACAAUUCAGAUGCUGAUGCGAUUCUAUUUCUCCACUGGUUCUCCAGUUAUGAAGACCAGAGAGAGAGGUCUGAAUGUGUGAUUGAUUCCCUGAAGCAGGCUCUGAUCCGGGAUGAACGGAGUCUUGCCUACAAGGUUAAUAUCUUGCCUCUAGAAGUGAGGGGACCACCACUCUCACUCUCGCUGACUCUCCAAUCAAAAAAUAAGAAGGAGUCUGUGGAGGUGAACAUCCUUCCAGCAUGUGAUGUUUUAGAGCAGGUAACUUUGACAUAUAAGCCACCCGCCAAGGUCUACGUGGAUCUGAUCCAGGCCACCAAGGACCCUGGUGAGUUCUCCACUUCUUUCAUCGAACUGCAGAGGAACUUCGUGAAGCAGUGUCCAGAAAAACUCCAGGAUCUGCUGCGACUGGUCAAGCACUGGUACAAGGAGAACCUCAGAAAAGUUCACCCAUCAUCAUCCUUGCCCUCCAAGUUUGCCCUGGAGUUGCUGACCAUCUACGCCUGGGAGGAAGGAACACAAAGGGCAGCAGAAUUCAACAUGGCAGAAGGGUUUUGCACCGUGAUGAAGUUGUUGGCUCAGUACAAAGACCUCUGCUUCUACUGGACUGAGUACUACAGUCUUGAGGAUCCCACAGUAGGGGCACAUGUGAAAGAAAAGCUGAGGGGGACACGUCCUGUGAUUAUGGAUCCAGCAGAUCCAACAAGAAAUUUAGGCAUGGAGAAUGGUUGGGAUCUGUUGUCCAAAGAAGCUUCCAGCUGCCAGAACCAGCUAUGCUGCAAGAAAGAUGAUGUUCCUGUUCAGCCCUGGAUUGUGCAGCCGGCCAGAGCUAUUCAAGUGAAGAUGAAACAGCGGAAAGGAGCAAGCCAGAAUCUGUCAUGCAGUCCCUAUGAUACCAUUGGGCAGAUCAAAGAGAAGUUUGGAUUAGAAGAGCAUGUCUCCAUCUACGAAAAGCGCACAGCCUUGCAGGAGCCUGAUGUAGAGAAUACAGUGCUGCAGAAUGAAAGGACAUUAGCAGAUUAUGGUGUGUUCUAUAAUACCACUAUCCUGCAGCUCGAUACUAAGCAAUAGCAUAUAGAAGCCUG